AGGAGGAACUGAGCAGUCAGAGAAAACCCAACUCUGCCCACUCUCUGGAGCCAGGGGGCCGCGCCGUCCCCGCUCCGCUGCCUGCCACGGGCUGCGUGGCCGAAGAGGCGGCUCUGGACAGGCCCGUGCGGUGCCAUGAUCCCCAAGCUGCUCCCACUGCUCUGUCUCGGGCUGUGCACUGGCCAAGGAGGCAGGGAGCCUGACGAGCCCCUUCCCAAGCCCUCCCUCAGGGCCUGGCCCAGCUCGGUGGCACCUCCCAGGAGCAAUGUAACACUGCAGUGUCGGAGCCCCACCAAGGAUGUCCACUUCACUCUCAGGAAGGGAAAUGUUAUUUUGCCUUUUGCACAACCACCGGCUUCCACAGAGGGCCUGGCUGAAUUUCUCCUCACUGACCUAAGAACCAGCCAGGCUGGAAAGUACACCUGUGAGGUCCACAGAGGAGGGCUCCCCUCGCCGCCCAGUGACGCUGUCCUGCUCCUGGUGACAGGAGGUUUCCCUAAACCUUCCCUGCAAGCCCACCGAAGGGGUGUGGUGACGGCAGGAGACAAUGUGACCCUGCAGUGCCAGCUGCCAGGUGAUGUUUUCAGGCCGGUAGUGUUCGCUCUGCUGAAGGCGGGCGAGGUGGCGCCCAUCCAGCUCCGAACUCCAGUCGGGAAGGAGACGGACUUCUCGCUGGGGACAGUGACAGCCGGGGACUCCGGGAACUACAGCUGUGUGUACUUCCUGUACCAGACUCCCUUCUGGGCCUCAGAGCCCAGCGAUCCUCUUGAGGUCCGGGUCAGAGGUCUGCACCACCCACAUGCCCCAGGGCUCCCCAGGGGAUGACACGCGUGGAUGGAGACCCGCUGAUCCUUGCCGGGUCCUGCGGAUCUUACAUUGGAAGCUCUCGGAGGAAUCACUUGAGGACAAGUCUUCCUUCUUGCUGAAGCUCUGCCAGGGGCAGAGCACAGGAUGGAGCAUUAAGAUGCACCUAAUAAAUUUGGAUGAUUUGAAAAACUACUUAAAACUUCAGGCCGGCUGGGUAGUGUGUGCAGUCACCGCCACAGGAACCGGUAUUCUGCUGACAUGUAGGGAAAACACUGCUUCCUGCACAUUACUGACUCCCCUCCAUACUGUAUUCUGUACUUCGGGACCGGCAAUUAGUCAAAACAAGUGCCCUGUUAUCAGGCUCCGAGGCGGCGCCUGUGGGAUAAGACCUCGGACAACAGUCUCCUGAUCAUGGAGGUGCUGUGCAGAGGGGACCGGAGGUGUCCAGUGUCAGGAGAAGCCGGGUGGUCGAGUCGGUAUCCAGCCAACGAGUUCUUCCUGCCAUGCUGGGGACCCACCGUGCAGACACUGGGAGGCUCAUGACGUGAAGACGGAGUCCCUGCCUUCCAGCUGCUCACAGGGAGUGACGUGUCUCUCGUGGCAGGAGGCCUGUGCGCUGGCCAUGGCAGCAGGGAGUCCAGUGGGACACUCCCCAAACGCUUUCCCAGUGCGUGGGCCAGCUUUGCCGUGCCUGCCAACAGUAACGUGACCCUGAGAUACUGGACGCAAGUCGGGAAUGUAGAAUUUAUCCUCAGCAAUGCAAGUACCCUGUUACCCUCCAAGUCCACGGUGUCCGUGGAUCUCUCAGGAAGAAUGGUUGGAGUCCCCCUCGUUCAUCUGCGUCAGCAAGAUGCUGGGAGAUGCACCUGCUAAUACUGCUGACAGAGGCUUCCCCCCCCCCCGCCCCGCCCUCAGUGCUCACUAGUCAGCGAUGUCCUUGUGGUUACAGGAAGCUUACCUAAACCUCCUUCCUGACUCAGAUGGGCCUUAGGGUGACACCAGGAGAGAAUGUGACUCUGCGGUGCCAGAAGCCGGGCCUCAUGACUGCAAUUACGGUGUUUGCUUUGCUGAAGGAGGGCAUUCCUGAGCCUACAGACAUCCAGAGGCCGUCAGGGAACAUGGCUAACUUCACCUUCUGGACCGUGAGGGUCAGGGACAGCGGUAGUACUGAUGUGCCUACUACAAACCGAGACUCCCUUCCAGGCCUCACACCCCAGCAACAGCUUAAAACUGGGGGUGACAGUGUCCUCAGGUGACCUCAGACACGGCACCAGCAAAGCAGACCAAGACGAGCCUUCUCCGCCGGGGUCUGGCUGCCCCCAUUUCUGGUGAUCACGGGGGCUCCACUGGUGAUCACUUGUGGCCCGCUGGUGAUCACUUGUGGCCCGGCGUGGCCACAAGGAGCCUGUGCAUGGAUCCACGUGAAACAGCCGAGCGCCUCUCCCACGAGCCUCCUGGUGGUGUGGGGGCAGUGUGAAGGCCAGGCUGAACCUGGGGGCCUCCUUCGACUCGACACAGCGCAGGGCGGGUGUCUUGGUGGGAUGUCCCUUUACCGCACAGGACUGCCUGGUUCCAACGUUCAGCAUCCUUCUCUUCCCUCCUUAAGUGAGAUGAAGCCCCAGGCGCUGUGGGGCCGACAGCCGCUCAGGCCCUCUCACACAUCCCCAGACACGGAGCGGGGAGCCGGGCGGCGUUCCCCUGAGCCCACCGCUGCUGAGGGGAAUGAGGGUGCGGACCAAGUCAGACCUACCGGCAACACUGCCCGUGGAACGCGCAUUCGCACCUCCUCCGAGAGCCGCUCCGGGACCAGAUGACGGCUUCCUCUUCCACGCUCUUCACCUGGGGCAGACGACAGGCCUGCGUGUAAAUAUCCACCCAUCAAACUAUCACCUUACGCAACGCUGGACAGUCUCUAGUUCGUUACAUCAACAGGACAUGCCACCUGGGUCACAGCCCAAAUUCCCACACAUGUAUGAACCUGCUUCUGGGAUCAUUACUCUAGUUACUUGUUUCAGGCAUAGAACAAACUGAUUCGACAAGUCUACACGUCACUCCACAGCCCCCAGGAUCAGCGUGGUCACCCUCUGUCACUCUGCAACCUUCACUGUAAUUCCUGAUACAGUACCCGAUUAAAUACCUGCCUGCUGCUAA